AUGAUAAUAUUGAAUUAUUAUCUACACUAUGGUGCUAAUGUUGCAAUUGUCGGCGGAGGAUUUCUUGGUAGUGAAUUAGCAUGUGCUUUAGCUCAUCGAGCAAACCAACGUGCAAAAGAAGGAAAACCAAGUGGAAAAAUUGUUCAAUUAAUGCCAGAAAACGGAAAUAUUAGUAAAGUAUUACCGGAAUAUUUAAGUAAAUGGGCAACAGAUCGUAUUCGAGAUGAGGGUGCUGAAGUAAUGACAAAUGUUGAAUUGGUUAAUGCUUCAAUACAAGAAGGAAACGUGAAUUUAGCUUAUAUUGAUCCAAAAGAUUCUCAAAAGACAAGUUAUAUUACUACUGAUCAUGUUGUAGUUGCAGUUGGAAUAGAACCAAAUACUGAAUUAGCAAAAUCAGCUGGUUUAGAAACUGAUCCUCAUCAAGGUGGUUUUCUAGUCAAUGCUGAAUUACAAGCUCGUCAUAAUGUUUGGGUGGCUGGUGAUGCAGCAUCAUUUUAUGAUAUUAAAUUAGGUCGACGUCGUGUUGAACAUUAUGAUCAUGCUAUUGUUAGUGGAAAAUUAGCUGGAGAAAACAUGACUGGUGCUCAUAAACCGUAUUGGCAUCAAUCAAUGUUUUGGUCCGAUUUGGGACAAAAAGUUGGUUUUGAAGCUAUUGGUUUAACUGAUUCAAAUUUGCAAACUGUAGCUGUCUAUGCUAAAAGACAACCCGGUGAUGAAGCACCAAAAGCAGACGACGAAGGAAAUCGAGAACAAAAAGAAACGGAUUCGGCAGCAACUGAAUCAAAAGAUAAAUUGCCAGAAAAGACCACUACAACCGAUACUAAAAAUGAUUAUAGUAAAGGUGUUGUAUUUUAUGUAAAAGAAAAUAAAGUUGUUGGUGUUGUUCUUUGGAAUGUAUUCAAUCGAAUUCCUAUUGCACGAAAGAUAAUCAAAGAUCAACAAGAAAUUAAUGAUUUUCAAGAACUUGCAAAACUUUUUAACAUUCAUCAAGAUUAG